AUGGCCGCCGCCUCGUCCACCUCGACCAAGCAGUCGCUCCUCUCGCUCCCCAUCUCGCCCCUCGCGCCGACGUACCACCUGCGGCCCGACCCGCUCUUCCCGACCCCCAAGUCGCUCCUCGCCCUGUCGAGCUACGAUGCACCGCCCGACCUCGGCGCCAAAGGGCCCGUCGCGCUCAAGGAGGGCGACCCGGUGCCGCCGUCGAUGCUGAGGCGCAGCCGCCAGAUCCGAGGAGGCGGCGCGUUCACCUACACGAGCCCUUUGCCUCUCGAGUUCCCGUACGACAUCCGCGAGCCGGCCGACACCGAGCGCACCAACACGGCAACGCCCACCACGAUCGAGACGCAGCUCGCCUCGUUCGAGGUCUCGCCGCAGCGCCCCGUCUGGGACGCCGCCCUCCCCGAGUCGGCUCGGCCCUCGCGCCCGACCGCCUUCUCGAGCGCGCGCCGAGACCUGCCGUCGUUCCCUCGCGGCGAGCUCCUGAGCGUGAGCCACGCCCUGAGGGACGCGUGGCUCCCGCAGCUCGACGUCGGGACCGACGCCAAGGGCGACAAGGUGCGCGAGCAGUUUGUCGACGUCGUCAGCGGGCGCGUCGUGCUCGCGCGUGAGCCUGUCGAGGACGGCGGCGUGGGCGAGGGACAGGAGGGCAAGGGCUUUGCGCCGUGGAGCCUGUGCUACGCCGGGCACCAGUUUGGGAGCUUUGCCGGGCAGCUCGGCGACGGGAGGGCCAUCAGCAUCUUGUCGACACCGCCGACCGAGGAGGUCGCCGCCAAGACGGGCCACCGGGCCAUCGAGUUGCAGCUCAAAGGAGCCGGUCGCACGCCCUACUCGCGCUUCGCCGACGGCCUCGCCGUCCUGCGCUCGUCCGUGCGCGAGUACCUCGGCGCCGAGGCCGCCGCCGCGCUCGGCGUCCCCACUUCCCGCGCCCUCGCCCUCGUCCACAUCCCCUCGGUCCACGUUCGCCGCGAGUCGCUCGAGGAGGCGGCCAUCGUCACGCGCGUCGCCGGGAGCUGGAUCCGGAUCGGCAACUUUGAGCAGCAGGCGUACCGCGGCGAGUACGACUCGCUCGCGCUUCUCGAGCGGCACGUCGCGAGAGACGUGUUUGCGCUUGACAAGCCGUCGGACGAGGGAGGCGCCGGGAGGAGGAGCCUCAUGCGCGCUGUCGUCGAGGAGGUCGCGAGGAGGAACGCGUUGACGGUGGCGUCGUGGCAGGCGACGGGCUUCAUGCACGGUGUCAUGAACACGGACAACAUCGCCGUCAACGGCGGCACGAUCGACUAUGGCCCGUACGCGUGGAUGGACAUCUUCGACCCGUCGCACAUCUGCAACCACUCGGACGACAUGGGCCGGUACUCGUUCAAGAACCAGCCGUCCAUGAUGCUGUUCGCCGUCGACAAGCUCGGCCAGGCCGUCGCCGAGCUCAUCGGGCACGAGGUCGAGCUCGCCGAGCAGCAGGGCGAGGGAGAAGGUGCCGGGUGGGUCUCGGCGCCUGACGGCUGGGCAGGCGAGGGCGAGGGCUCGGAGGAGAUGAAGCGGUGGAGGGAGCGGGGCAUGAGCGAGGUCGCCAAGAUCAAGGAGCGCUUCGUCGGCAUCUUCCGCGCCGAGUACGAGCGGCUCAUGAGUCGGCGUCUCGGGUUCACGACGAGCCAGACCGGCGACUUUGACCUGUUCUCGCGAUUCCUCGACCUCAUGGCCCUGCACGAGCUCGACUUUACCAACACGCACCGCCUCCUCGCCCAGUUCACCUCGACGAGCCACCCCUCCUUCCCCACUUUCCUGGACACCCUCCUCGCCGGCGCCUCGUCCUCGUCCGCCCCGACCGCCAAGGAGGACUGGACCUCGUUCCUCUCGACCUACGAGGAGCGCCUCGCCCUCGAGCCGUCGGACACGUCGAGCACGCGCCGCAGCCGCAUAGAAGGCGCCAACGCCCGCUUCACCUUGCGCCAGUGGGUCCUCGAGGAGACGAUCGCCAAGCUGUCGUCGCCCGAGACGCGCGCGACCGAGGGCAAGGACCAGCUCGAGCGCGUCCUGUACAUGGCGACGCACCCGUUCGAGGCGUAUGGCGAGGCCGAGGUUGGCGUUGCAGACGAGGGCGAGACGUGCACGACGAGGGACGAGCAGGAGAAGAGGAGGCUGUGUGCGGUCGGGCCCUCGACCAUGCUCGGGUUCCAGUAUGGGUCCCGGUCCGAGUAGACCCGUCCGACUCUGGUGACCCGCCCCUGCAAGCAGGACGGGCUGCAACGCAGGCGAGAAUGGGGCAUUCGCCGUGCGUGCAGAGAGGCUUAGACGGGGGUCGGAUCGCGGUGAGGUAGGCGCAGAAAGGAGAGGUCGUAGUCAUCGUCGUCGAUGGGGCGAGGUUGAGGCGGUCGAGAGAGAGAAAAAGGUCGGCGAGGUCGAAGGGAGGUUUGUCGGUCGGGGUACAGGGACGGCGACGGGCGGUACAGGUACUUGGAUGUAGGGAGGGCAGUCAAGGGCGGAUAUAGGGGUAUAGGUACAUGUCGAUG